AUGCACGAGUACUACCAACCACCUAACGUUUUCCGUCAACCUGCCAUUUUGGUCAAGAAGCGGCAGGACAACACACUUCCUUGUUUGCAACUGGAAACACAUAAAAAAUCGUGGCAGAAUGACAUAUCAAGGAUAGGUUCUCCUCUACUAAGGAAGGCCUCAGGCGACAUGAACGAUUUUUACACGACACAGCAACUUCGAAGCGACUACUGGGCGGUCUCCUCACCGGAUCCCACGAUUCUAACAACGUCAUUGUCAACUUACGACGAGUCACUUCUUGUGUCGAAUACUAGUCUCAAGGACAAUCUCAAACUAUUCCAACUCAAAAAUAAUGACAAAAAAAGCCAACUAUACGAACUGCAAAGUAUAUCCGUCCCUGGCGGCAGUACUGUAUCCGCAUGCCUGUUACCAAGCAGUUAUUCAUGUGCGAAACAGGAGGACCAUCAUAAUCAGCUACUCCUUUCGGGCCAUCAAGAUGGGAUAGUGAAUUUGAUCGCCACAUCUACCCAAGACGGUAACGCGAAAAUUAUAAAGCGAUUCAAUCAUGGCAAAUACUUAAAGUCUACAAAUCCAGAUUCACUAGACACAUGGCUAAAGGGAAGGCGUUCUCUCCCAAUCAAGCAGAUAAAACCUUGGAACUCAAAAGGGUUUAUAUCGGUGGUUAAUGAGUCGAUGUUCAUCUAUGAUUUGAAUCAACACAGAACUCCGCUGUACCUACAAAGUUUUGGCGGACUUGAAGCGCUUGAUGCCAACCCUACUAAUCCCCAUUUGCUUGCGCUGGUCGGAUCGCAAUUUGGUGAGAAUGGAAUUUCUUUGCUGGACUUGAGGAAUGGCCAGGGCCACGGCAAUUUGUAUUCUCCUGAUAGCGUUGCAGCGAAUUAUUCCUCAAUAUCAAGAGACUGUGCUUGGCUGAACGAGCACACGGUUGCUAAUGCGGUUGGCAACUGUGUCAAGUUAUGGGAUAUUAGGGCAACUGGAGUUAAAUGUACUGUUGUUGGCCACAAGGGCUCUGUUCAAUCCAUCAAAUACCAUGAGGAGUCUAAACGGCUAUAUACAAGUGACGACCAAGGUUACGCGAUAGCGUGGGAUUUGGAUAACAUCGAUAGUGUAAAAGAAUGUCGUUUAGCGACGGGCUUCAACUCGAUUGGUGUUGAGAGUUUGGCAGACGUUAAGCAGUGCGGUAAUAUUGUUGUUUCUCCCGAUAUGAACCGGAUGUCGUCUUUUACUACUACACAUGAUUAUGAUCAACGGACCAGAGGCUCCCAAUUUUUAGACACCCUCGCCAAUGGUUCUUUAGUCACACUUGACUCUAAAGAACUAGGUUUACAUGCUAUCCACAACAUACAGAGGCCAGUUGUGCCCCCACGCAAUCCCAGACGUCUUCUGGGUAGGCCAGAACAAGACGUUGUUGAAUCUGAUACCACACUUCACCAUGAAUCUUCAAGCUCUAAUUGGGAGGAAGCAUCAGAUGGUACACUGGAAUGUGAUGAAUUCACUACUCCAGUGAAAGCUCAAGACGAACCUUUAGUACUCGGCGAUAUUGGUAUGCAUGAACACAAACCUAGCUUUUAUUCUCUGAAAAAUACGGAGUUAAGUGGAUCUACUAUUUGCCAUGAGCAUUUGAUCAGAGAAGAGAUUUUCAUAUAG